AAGUUUGGAGGCCGGAGUUGAGAGCUGAGAGCUGAGCUGCACUUUGGAUCAUGAAGGAAGUGACGGAUCUCGGUGAGCGAGGGAGCAGAAUAAAGGAGUGAAGGAGGAGAGAAGAACAGAAAGUAAAGCCGAGGUGUCGUGUUGGGUGUGUGUGUGUGUGUGUGAGAGUGUGUGUGGGUGUGAGAAGCUCAGCAUGUUGAAUGGAAGUGAGUGUUGUUGUGUGUGUGUGUACGAGCCUCCAAUAACAGCAGCAGCAGCUACUACUAUUACUACUACUACUACUGCUCCAAUCUCAGCGAGCACUCCUCUUCCUCCUCCUCCUCUUUCUCUUUCUCUCACCCUGCUGAGAGUGACCAGCUCACCCUCCACUCCUCCUCCUCCUCCUCCUCCUCCUCCUCCUCACCACCUCCACCACCACCUCCAGAGAAUGACUGAUCUUCACUCUGUUCACUCUCAGACUCGAGAACAUGGGAGGAGAAGCUGUGAGACACACCAGCAGUGUGUUUGAGUGAGUCUGGAACCUGAUUGGAAUGGACUCUGGAGGACCUUCUUCAUCAUCAUCAGGAUGAUUAUGUGUGUUUACUGUGCACCCCUCUGCUUUUGAAGCUUCUGGAAGCCUGUGUGAGUCUGGUCUGGUAUGUUGGUGUCAGCUGGACCUCCUCUACUGCUGCUACUGCUGCUCUGUGUCCUGGUCACCCUCUCACACUGCUCAGAACUGAAGGUGCGGGUCAGGCUGGCUGAUGGACACAUUACAGAAGAGGUGCUGGAGGCGGACAAUGAGCAGGACUCAGUCACACUGGAGUUCAAGCAGGCUGAUGGCACUCUCAUAACCUUUGUGGCUGAUUUUAAGCAGGAUGUGAAGAUUUUCCGGGCAUUGAUCCUGGGCGAGCUGGAGCGAGGACAGAGUCAGUACCAGGCCCUGUGCUUCAUCACUCGACUCAACCACAAUGAGAUCAUCCCCAGCGAGUCUAUGGCCAGACUCCGGCAGAAAAAUCCGCACACCAUCCGUGCGGCGGAGGAGAAGAGGGCGACGGAGGGGCUGAGCAUGAACGUGGCGGUGAACCUGACGCGGGCGUGGCAGCUGAGCGCCCACCUCCUCAACACGUGCAGCGUGGCCCGCGAGGCCGUGUACACACGCGAGGCCGACAUGCGCCACUGGCUGGACUCAGGUGCUGAGAGCUCCAUGUUCGAGAUCCUGCCGCAGGGGGUGGAGGUCCCCGACCUGCAGAGCUGCCGCUCAGUGAAGGACCUGUGGCAGCCGUGCUGCUGCAGCUACAGCCUGAGACUGGAGUGGUACCCCUGCCUGCUGAAAUACUGCCGCAACCGGGACUCCUCGGGGCGCAGCACCCCCUACAAAUGCGGCAUCAAAAGCUGCAGCAAGGGCUACAACUUCACCUACUACACCCCCCACAAACACCUGUGCCUGUGGGAGGAGGAGACCUAGCACGACCACCACCUCCGCUGCCGCUGCUGCUUCUACAGCCAGGAGAUCCAGGACCUCGUUUUUAAUUUAGAAUUCUCUCAAGCAUUUCAUUUCUACAAGAUUUUCUUAUUUAUGAUCAAGUCUUUGGAUUUCAGUGCAGCCCUGAGCUGUUUAACGCGGAGGCACCAGGAUUUUGCGUGGUUUCUCCAGGCGUAGAUAAUAAGGAACAGCUUUGUCUCCUAUGCAAAUGGUGCCAUUCUUGCUGGUGGCCUUUCUGGAACUUUUGAGGCCUUUUUUUUUUUUGUUUUUCUUCGAUUGGCUCAUCACCCUAGAAUUAAGGGUUGAGCGAGGACAGAGAACACAACACAGAACAUAAAUUGCUCAAUUUAAAAGGAGAAAUCUGGUGUGAAAUGGACUUUGGGUGUAUUAAAACGUGCAAACGUAAUAAAAAGUACUUAUCUUUUAUUAAAUAGCUCACCGCCGCUCUCCUGCAGCUUUCUGAGAUCCAGAUUUUUUAUGCAUAUAUUUUGCGCCUACAGAUAAAUCACUUUAUACACCAUAUCGUUUUAACAUUUAAAACGAGGCAUUUAAAAUUUUAAAACUGCACACAAAGUUUAUUAAAAGCAGUUGUUAACAUUCCAUAGUGUAGAUAAAUCUCAGGGCGGCGCUAUAAGUCAACCAUUAAACACGAACAUAUAGGUGAACGUAUAGUUGAGCAGAUUGCAAAAUGAAGUCCUUGGAAAUGCAUGCUGUUGCUAUAUAAAAAAAAAAAAACUGGUUUUUAAUCGCAGUUUUUAAUCAUGCAUCUUGGCAUCAUGUUCUCCUCCACCAGUCUUACACACUGCUUUUGGAUAACUUUAUGCUGCUUUACUCCUGGUGUAAAAAUUCAAGCAGUUCAGUUUGGUGGUUUGAUGGUUUGUGAUCAUCCAUCUUCCUCUUGAUUUUAUUCCAGAGGUUUUUAAUUUGGUAAAUUUGGUAAAAAAUCUCAAAAUAUUUUACUAUUCGUUUGUGCUCGACGGUUGAUUGGUUAUUGUAACUUAAAUUUAAAGAUGGCGGCACUCUGAGAUUUAUCUAUGCUAUGGGUAUAAAAACUAUGCUUUUAAUAAACUUCUUGUGCAGUUUAAAGUUUUAAAUGUCAGGUCUCUCCAGAUUCUACUAAUGUAGAGUGUGGAGCUACUUUGAGCCUGAAUAAUGGUGUAAAAAGUGAUUUAUCUGUAAAAUAUGCCCCAUAUCACUCAUUCUAAAGUCUGAUUGGGCAAAGUGCACAAAAUACUAGACCUCAGAAAGCUACAGGAGAGCGGAGGAGAGCUUUUUUAAACAAAGGUAAGUACUUUUAAUGAAUCACGUUUUAAUGAAUACACCCAAAGUCCGUUUCACACAAGAGUUCUCCUUUAAUCCCAACAGACUGUGAAUCAGCCAUUAAUGACACAACAAGCUAGAAUCUGCCGAUUAGCCGGGUCGAGUUCAAUCAGGGUGCCGAGCUAGUUUCUCUUCAGAACCUGCUUUUAUUUAUUGUACUUGCUGUGGGGGAAUUAUUGAAGAAGCUAAAUGCACAUGUUUGGAAAGAAGCCCGUUUCUUUCUUCCUUUUUGUUUGAAUAUUUCAUCGCCGUGUUGAAAUUGAAAUCAGAUGACUCUAAAGAGGGACUCUUUUUAAUGUUUCGUGGAUGUUAUUGAGGUCAGAUGUGAUUUUUUUGAUGCCAGAUAAAAGCAGACAUGAUUUUGAUUCUGUUAAGUUUGCAUGCAGUUCAUCAGAUUCAGAGUGUAAAUCUGAUUGUAUAAUGUCUGUCCAUCACUCUGAAUAAGAGGAGGGAGGGGGUCAUUGGUUCACAGUCACAGUCACAGUCACAGAAGGUGGGGUUUGUCUGGCUUUUUGAUGUUGAUUUUGGAUUUAGUUUUUUUAGGGAUGUUUUGUCAGUAUUUUGGCCUUUUAUUUCUCUUUUUACACAAAAUCACAAUUUAUCUUUAAGUCAUUUUCUAUUCCAGCAGGGACUAAUUAGCACCUUUUUCUGCCUUUAUGAAAAAACAAAGUUAUACCUGCAGAUGAAAUUAGAUGAAUUAGAUGUUUGCAAAUUAUUCUAUUAUACAGCUCUGGAAAAAAAGAAGAGAGCACUUCAGUUUCUGAAUCAGUUUCUCUGAUUUUGCUAUUUAUAGGUUUAUGUUUGAGUAAAAUGAACAUUGUUGUUUUAUUCUAUAAACUACAGACAACAUUUCUCCCAAAUUCCAAAUAAAAAUAUUCUCAUUUAGAGCAUUUAUUUACAGAAAAUGAGAAAUGUCUGAAAUAACAAAAAAGAUGCAGAGCUUUCAGACCUCAAAUUAUGCAAACAAAACAAGUUUUUAAUCACAGUUUUUUUUAAAGCAUCUUGGCAUCAUGUUCUCCUCCACCAGUCUUACACACUGCUUUUGGAUAACUUUAUGUUGCUUUACUCCUGGUGCAAAAAUUCAAGCAGUUCAGUUUGGUGGUUUGAUGGUUUGUGAUCAUCCAUCUUCCUCUUGAUUAUAUUCCAGAGGUUUUCAAUUUGGUAAAAUCAAAGAAACUCAUAAUUUUUAAAUGCUCUCUUAUUUUUUUCCGGAGCUGUAAGUUCCAAUACUACAGUUUUCCAGUUGAAACUGAUUGUCUGCAGUAUCACUUUGUACACAACACUGACAUCUGCUGGUUAUAUUUCUAGUAUACAGUGAGACAGUGCCAAGUCUCAGCCUUUGAUGAGUUAAACUCAUCAAACCAAUGCAAGAAAUGUGAUUUUUACUUACUGAGCCUUAAAUACUGUCCCAGAUAACAUGUCCAUGUGGAGCCUAUAUGGGUAGAUCAAUUGGGAACCAGAAGUAUUGUCCACAGAUUGCAUCUGUGCACAGAUCAUUGUACAUGGACCUUGAAGUAGGGGUGUGCCAUAGCGUAUCGUACAUGAUAAUAUCGCCAAAAAAUUUUAAUAUCGUGAAUGAUAUUAUACCCUAAAAUAUUGUGCCAUAUCACCCACCCCUAAUUACCUAAUUAUCACAUCAGGGUUCUACUUUUUUACUGUUUUUAUCAAAAUAAAAAUUCACACUGUUCUUAUUUCCCAUUAUAUAAUAUCUACUAGAUACAGAUUAUAUCUGCCCAGUAUCAUUUAUUUUACUUUAAUCCUGGAUAUAUGGAGAUAUUUGGAGUGCAUUAUUAUUAGUAUAAUGAUAUUCUGGAUCAUUGACUUGUGUUACAAAUCUGAUAAAAUUAUUUUUUUAAGUAUCUGCAACAAUAAAAUUCAAAAUAAUUUUUCUUAUUCAGUAUUUUGUCAAAUCGCCAAAAGUAUCAUUAUCGUGAAAAUAUUGUGAUAAUAUUUUAGAGCCAUAUCGCCCACCCCUACCUUGAAGCUUUAAUAAUCUAAUUCAACUGACCUGACUUAUAUUACAUUUUUUACUAAAAUUCAUCAUUUGGAUUUUUAACAGUGCUUAUUUGUGUUUUGAACUUGUGACCUGGUGAAAUUUACUGAAAUCGUAUCGUACGCUAUAAUAUCGCCAACAUUCUUUAAUAUGGUGAACGAUAUCAUAUCCUGAAAUAUGGUGCCAUAUCACCCACCCCUAAUUAUCACAUCAGGGUUCUACUUUUUUACUGUUUUUAUCAAAAGAAAAAUUCACACUGUUCUCAUUUCCCUUUAUAUAUCUACUAGAGACAGAUUAUAUCUGUCCAGUAUCAUUUAUUUUACUUUAAUCCUGGAUAUAUGGAGAUAUUUGGAGUGCAUUAUUAUUAUUAGUAUCAUGACUAAUAAUUCUGGAUCAUUGACUUCUGUUACAAAUCAGAUAAUUUUUUUUUUUAAAUAUCUCAGUUAGGGGUGUUUCAUAUCAUAUAUCAUAUCAUAUAUCAUAUCAUAUCAUAUCAUAUGCAGUAAUGAAAUUAAAUUUUCAUUUUGUUGCAGUAGUAAAAUUUCAGUAAUUCAGUGUUUGUCAUAUACUUGCUAAGAGUAUUGUUAUCGCGAAAAAUACCAUGAAAUAUUGUAAUAGUAUUUUAGAGUCAUUUCGCCCACUCCUAUUUGAAAUGUACAAGUUCAAAACACAAAAAAACUAUGUUUAAAAAUAAAAUUUAUGAAUUCUGCCAUUAAACAUUUCAUGUUUAUUUAAGAUAAAUAUAUUCUAGUGUAAAAUAUAUACAGCUCUGGAAAACAUUUGUAAAUCAGUUUCUCUGAUUUUGCUAGUUUUAAGAGUUUAGAAAUCAAUAUUUGGUGGAAUAACCCUGUUUGUUUUUAAUCACAGUUUUUUUUAAUGCAUCUUGGCAUCAUGUUCUCCUCCUCCACCAGUCUUACACACUGCUUUUGGAUAACUUUAUGCUGCUUUACUCCUGGUGCAAAAAUUCAAGCAGUUCAGUUUGGUGGUUUGAUGGUUUGUGAUCAUCCAUCUUCCUCUUGAUUAUAUUCCAGAGGAUUUUAAUUUGGUAAAAUUAAAGAAACUCAUCAUUUUUAAGUGCUCUCUUAUUUUUUAAUAUAUAUACUUAUGUCAGCUUUUAAGCUCCAUACAUACAGAGCCUAGAUUGGAUCAGUGUGAUCACCUGGAACCCACUUAACCUAUAUUUAACCCAUAUGAUCCCCACAAGAGCAGGUUGACUGGGAUGAUCUGGGAUAAAAAAUAAAAAAAAGUCUGAUUCACUUUAUUUAAUUCGUUACACAAAACAAGACAGUGAUGAAAGCAGCCGGCCAAGCUGUGGAAUACUGAAUUAAAAUACCUUUAUGUGCCUUAAUGCUUCAGUGUUUACUGAUUCUUUUAUGAGUAAACAUAGAAAUAAAGUGUCAAAGAUAUUUUUCUAUGAAAAUGUUGGAUAUGAAUAUGAAUGUGAAGUAAUAAUUUGAAAUAAAAUUAAAAUUCCACAAGAAA